GCACGCGCACACACACACACACACACACACACAGCGCCGUGUUUCUUUCAAGUCAAUCUCCAUCAACACGCGUUUCUCCGCAGCUCGUUUUUCGCAAAAUCUGCCAGAUUUUCCUUCGCGACGCUGCGAAACAGCCGCACUUCGGGUUUCAACUGUGUUUGCUGACAAAUCGCGCUGCACUGGAACUAUGAGCUCCAGCGGUCGGCGGGAGAGAGAGCGGCGGCUGCCCGGCUCAGGCGAGCCCUCCCCGGUGUGAGAGUCAAAUCGAGGCCGCUGUCGCUGCGGCCUAGUGCGGGCGGUUUAAUGUUUCACUCGACAACACAGAACAGCGCUCCGGCUCCAUCAGGAACAGCAAUGGCUUCUUGUGAUGACAGCUUGACGUUGAUUGACAGAUGAUGCUGGCGGUAAGGUUACCUGUGCAGGUGAGCGAGGCCCUCAGCAUCACGGCGGGAGAAUGAAGCUUCAUUCGGACUCGUGUGAGGACGCACACGCAUGUGAAUCCGCAUCACACGCCUCCCCGGACAUGAACCCGAACCUCCGCUUGACCUUGACCUCCUGCAACGGUUCGACUGAGCAGUCAGGGCUGGAGAAUCUCACGGCGCGCUUGCACGACGAGGACGAUCUCACGCCCGAGAUCCAGCAGGCCUUCAGAAUAUUUCAGAGCUUCCUCUCAGAGAAGCAUAAGUGCAUCACGGCCCCGUUCUGGCGUCCCGUGGGCCCCGGGGACCACGCCGGGAUGUGCUUCAGAAAGAUGGACGAUAAGUUCGUCCACCGCGAGUACGAGUCCAUCACGGUGUUCGUGUCAGAUUUCAGACUGAUGCUAGAGAACUGUUACCGCUUUCACGGCGUCGAUCACUGGAUCUCCAAACAGGCCCAGAAACUGGAGAUCAUUCUAGAGCAAAAGCUGACCUUGCUGUCCAGGUCGCUGCGGGAGAAAACCACGCUGGCUGUGACCUCCGGAGGCCGGUUUGGGACGGAGGAUGAGAAAGCGGCGCUGGGCUCGUCAUCCAGACGGAGGUCGGUGCCCCGGAGCAUCAUGGGAGGCGGCAGCGAGUCCAUCAUGGUGCAGGCGCUGAGACUGGAGGAGCUGCAGCGAACCAAAGAUGAGAAGAGGCAGCGAGAGCAGGAGCGUAAGGAGGCCGAGGAGGCCUCAGUGAAGGAGCUGGAGGACUGGGAGAGCGCUUUACUGUCUCUGGCCGAGCCGUGUUCACUGUGGAGUCUGUGGGAACUUCCUGCCAUCGGUCACUUCCUGUGCCUGGCUCAGACGGCGCUCCACCUCCCCGAGAUCGUCUUCUACGAGCUGGAGCGCUGUCUGCUGAUGCCACGCUGCAGCGUAUUCCUGGCGAAGGUCAUGACCGCGCUCCUCUGCCCCCCGCAGAAGAGAUCUGGCGUCCGCCGCCGCCCGCCGCUGCUCUACAGACGGUGGGAGAGCGAGCUGCGGCGCCGCGUCCAGAGCUGGUACAGAGCGGUCGGCCGCGCCGAGGAGGCACGCCAGGCGGCGCGUGCGGAGCGCCUCGGGCUCUGUCCUCAGUUCUUCUGGACUCUGGGAGCGGUCAGUCCUCUGGAGGAGACACCCUUCCACCUGCUACCCUUCCAGCAGCGCGUCUGGCUCCUCAAGGGCCUCUGUGAUCACGUGUACGAGACGCAGAAGGAGGUGCAGGACGCUGUGCUCGCGCAGCCCAUCCACGAGUGCCGCGAGUCCAUCCUGGGCUACGACCAGCAGGACAACACUUACAUUCACUUCCCACACUUCUGCGGCGCUGACCUGCGGAUCUACAGCCAGAGUCCCUGCGGAGCCGCGGAGCUGCCGCUGCCACUGAUCCACAUCCAGAGAUCCCAGGAACCAGAGGAGGCAGAGCUCAGGGACCAGACAUAUGAAGUAAAGGUGGAGGAGGAAAGCUCCAGCAGGAACACAUGGGACGUGAAGGAAGAUUCACUCGCUGAGGAAGAGGAUCUGGAUCAGAAAUGCUCCUCCGGUGUUCCCUCGUGGUGCAGAGAAGAUUCUCUGGACUCUGUGAGCGUCCGAGGACAGUUGACGGAGGACAGGCGGCUCGAAGACGAGGAGUCUGACUGCGAGCCGUGUUUCAGAGUCGGAGACAGCUGCUAUAAAGGCAUCUCGCCGGCUCUGAACAGUCACAGAAGUCCUAGAAACGAUGCAAAUCACUUGAGCGCCGAGGAACGAAGCCCCUGUCCGGAUUGUUCCGGAGCGUCGCAGGAAUCUCCGCGUUUCUGGACCGGAAGCACACGCUUGCGACGGGACGAAUCCAGACCGACACGAGUCCAGAAGAAGAAGAGGAAGAAGAAGAAAGAGAGCAAGGUCGGCGUGAAGAAAACGAAGACGAGCAAACUGAGCUUGAAGAACCGAACGGCUAGAAGCAGCCUGCAGAGAGCCGCCAAAAACAUCAAGAAGAAAGACAAGAGGAAGAGACACAAACUGGGUGUCCAGUCCUCACACAUUUAUUGUUUGCGUAUACCCGAUUUUAUUCUGAAUGAUCAGAUGUCGUGCCUUUGCUCUCGUGUUUCUCCGUCUCCAGGAAAGAGGUUUGAUGGGAAGGCGAGGUUAGGAUCUGCUCCGCCGGCAGCUGAACCCACGUUUCAGUUGGUUUGCUCCAGUCUGGAUGAUCUCAGAGUCCUAAUCAGUAAAAUAGAAGAUCAACUAGAUGAACUGGACGGCAAAAAGAGAUCUGGACGAUGGCCCCAUAAAAGAGCCGCCGUGAAAGAGUUGCACAUCACACUUAUAAGGCUGCUUAAUGAGCUGUUACCAUGGGAACCCAAACUCGUCAAGGCCUUCCAGAGGAACAGAGUGCGCUUGAAAAAGGAGUGUGACGAAUUCAAAAUACACCCCGAAUAUGAGAACUUCAUCAGGGAGCAGAUGGAUACAGAAGAUACUGGGGAAGUUGCAUGCAAAGAUGAAUUGUUGUCCGCAGAGACAACAAACAAACUGGAAGAGAGUGAAGUCAAAAUGGGCAAAACUAUGAAGGAAGAUUCUGAGACAACAGAGAAUGUAAAUCACGAAUCAAGAUGCCUAGUUGACAGACCUGAUGUUGUCAUCUAUUCGUCAGAGUCUGGACCCUUUACACGCAGUUCAAAGCGGCGCCAAACUGGUGCAAUCAGUGAGGAACUGAGUCCAUGCAAGAGAGGCAAAAUGGACCCAGAGAGCUCUUUGACAUCUGACUUUAAUGUGGAAGUUGCAUCCAGAGAAGCUUCACAAGCUUCAGUGUUGCCUGAGCCUUUAAGUAGCUUUCAGGGGACUUGCAAACCCAUCCAGGCUUUGCUGGCUAAGAGUGUUGGAAACAAAGUGACCUUAAUAAGUCAUCCGAAGGCUGCAAUGAUGGCUCAGGUUCUGCGGGAUCAUAACAAAACAGCAUCUGUAACUCUGCCACCUGUCCAAUUAUCAACUACCUGUGCAUCUACGCAACACUCUGAACCUGUCUCUACAGAAAGAAUAACUACAACAUCUGCAACCGAAAGCACUGGACAGGUGGUGUACAAGACGGCAGGAGGCGUGGGGCUUCUCAGGCAAGGAAGCACUUCUGUAAACUUUUCAGUGCAGUCAAUGUCAAAUCAAAAAUCAGGGGCGAAGGCGAUGCAGCAAGUUGUUAUCCUGCCUUCAAAUCUACUGAUUCAAAGCACUGGGAAUAAGGCAGCCCAGACCUCUGUAUCUAUCCCUAAGACUACAACGUACAUGUCCAAUGUUUCAGGGUUCACUAUACCGGAAAACAAGGUUCCUGUCCAACCGGUGGCACCUUUGAAAGAUACCAGUGCUGUAAGAACACCAUCUGCUCUAGUUACUCCCAGUUUAAGGAACAUAACGACUGUUGGUGUGCCUAAAAAGACUACUGAACCAAAGGUGGCCUUGAACAAAUCAGCCAGCAGUGGUCUGACCAAAUCUGAUGCUAAACAGGAGCUCAGGACAGUGUGUAUUAGAGACUCUCAGUCCAUCCUUGUCACUACUAGAGGAGGCAACACAGGAGUGGUGAAGGUUCAGACAUCAGAAAGUGGAACGGGGGCUUUGCCACCCAGCCCAGUUUUUAACAUCUCGCCCCAACUUCAUGCCUUUCUGGUGUCAAAGUCUUCCACGUCUAAUACACAAGCUGUUUCGGCCACCAUUGCUGCUAAAUCUCUACCUGGAGUCACUCCUCCGUCUACUUUUGUGGCAGGAACUGUCACUCCUUUAACCUUAAAUCAGAUUUCCAAUAACGGCACUACAGGCAAAACAACAAUCACUGGUAAAUCCGCACUCCUGGCUACAAGCAAAGGCAGUGAUAAUUUCCUAAUAAAUGCGAAAGAUUGCGCUCAGCAGAAUACGGUCUCUAAAUGUGGAACGAAGCCCCCACAAAAAAGGGCUCCACCAGGAAGCACAACUCCAGACCAAUCGACUUUCCAAAAAGUUUUUCUGGUCACACCUUCACCAAAUAUCCCUUCAAAGGUCACUACUACAGCAACCUGUACCGUUCCAGGUUCUCGGGUCAUGUUCAUAAGCAACUCAGCACUUACCAUUCCAAAAGAGAUGUCAACUUCAGAAGUUAACAUUUCCUCUGCUAGUACACCAGCAUUGAAAGUAGUUCCCAACUUGGGGAUCUUAUCCUGCACUUCUUCAGGUACAAGCAUCCAGAGCAUCGGUGUCCCAGGGUUAACAUCAAGAAUACUUGGCACAAACAAGAAACCUGAAGCCUCAAUGAAAACUACACCUGUGAUCGUCUCCAGAGUACCUGCAACAUCAACCACAAGUGGACUCCAGAUUGGUCCAAAAAGCUGUUUGGUUGCAAGCAGAAGUCUGUCAGGGAAUACCGAAAGUGCUUCGAAAGUACCUCGGAUUUUUGACGGCAAAACGCUCACGUUUUCAACUCUAGGCACCGGCCACAUGGCUUCCUCUGCACUUUUGUCAGUUGUGAAACCAGAUGUACCUCCAUCAGUUUCAGCGUUAAAUGCUCUUCACUGUAAAACAGGGUUAUCGGCUGGCAGCUCUACUUCAAAUACAUCUUCCUCUUAUUCAGGAAGCCUAAUUACCAAACACACUACGUUACCAAUUAAUGUGACUGCUAACAAGCCAGUGAUCACAUCCCUUUGCACUUCACACUCACUGAUCAAAACAACAGCCAAUACUUCUGCUUCUGCAGUAUCCAGUACUUUUGCAUUGAGUUGCAGCUCCACUUUAACUCCUCCGGUGGUCAUGUCCUCUGGGAUCCAACCUCUGACCUCUACCACCAAGAGUGUUCAGGAGAAAAUCGUGAUCAACACCACUGCCCCACUUGCCCCUGGAACUCAGCUCCUGAUCAAUAACACCAGAUUUGUUGUACCUUCUCAAGGCCUUGCACCUGGCAGCCAUGUUCUGCUUAUCUCCAACUCUUGUCCUGGAGGAAUGCAAGGGUCAAGUAUUGAUGGUUCUCAAAGAUUGCAAGGGCCAAGUCCUGCUGGUCCUCAGAGAUUGCAAGGGCCAAGUUCUGCUGGUCCUCAAAGAUUGCAAGGGCCAAGUCCAGCUACUCCUGGAGGAUUGCAAGGGCCAAGUUCUGCUACUCCUGGAGGAUUGCAAGGGCCAAGACCUGCUGGUCCUCAAAGAUUGCAAGGGCCAAGUCCUUCUGGUCCUCAAAGAUUGCAAGGGCCAAGUCCAGCUAGUCCUAAAAGAUUGCAAGGGCCAAAUCCUACUGGUCCUCGAGGAUUGCAAGGGCCAAGUCUUGCCAGUCCUGGAGGAUUACAAGUCCCAAGUCCUGCUUCCACUGUUUCUAGAGGUCCAAACACUUCAGUUACUCACACGGUUCCUUCAGUUGUACAAGGUUUGAGAUUGGUAACACCGGUCAGGCUACCCUUGGCAAAAGUUGGACCCUCUGAUCAACUCCGUCAGCAACUGAGCACCAGAACUCCAUUGAAUGUGUCUGGUCCUACUGCUCUCUCACAAGUAGCACAAGCUCUGCGUCCUGGUGUAUCUUCAGACAUUGUGAGACUUCCUAUCUUUCAAACCUCCAACGUCUCAGUUACAGCAUCACAAGGUACGGCCGGGUGUCCCAAAGAAACCUCUCUUUCCCAAGGAGGUUUACUAAGCACAACUUCUCCAGUGCUCUUGCCAGGAAGACUAUCCCAAAACCAAGUGGCACCAGUCGUACCACCAGCAAAAGCUGUGAUUCCAAGGCAUUUGCCUAUGGUACCACACAUGAGCAGCACGAUAUCACGGAUACAGAAACUUCCGGUUGCAAUGGUUCCACCAAUCGGUGGUGCAAACAAUGCCAGUCCAGACACUCUCAUUGCAACCGCUCCUCCAUCUAUGAGCACGGUCAUAAUGACACCUUGUCCACCUAUCAGAACCGUGCAACCUGGGACAAUCGGAAAGCCUGUUAUUUUACCCCAGCCAUCGCAAGGUCAAAGCAUGGUUCCUGUACAAGUUCCCACUCCUGCUAAACUGUUGUUGAGUCCAGAUGGUGCUGUCUUAAAUAUCAUUCAAGCCUCAGCCUCAAGCUUGCAAGUAUUGGCAAAGCCAAUGGCCGCUCAAUUGGUCAGUUCCUCCUCAAGUAGCGUUACUGUACCUAUUUUAAACACAAGUGAUCCACUGAGAAAACCAGAUACCUUGGGGAGACCCAAUCACUGAAAUGGUUCUGGAGGUUGUCUUGUUUUCCUGUUGUGAUCACAGAGGACAGUCUGUUUAGUGUUUUGGGCUUUGUUGAAAACAGGUGGGCUUCCUUUGGUUCCAUUCCCUCCCCGUGUUGAUAGGCUGAAUACUAAAUACCUAAAUUAAUAUUUUGCGCAUUUUGCUCUUUAUAAUACAUAUUGAGGGGAAAUCGGUUAUCCUUAGUUGUAAAUAAAAAUGGUUUCGCAAAGAGAAAUUUGGAGAUUUCAAAUGGCCAGUAAUGUACAUAACAGUGUUUGGCUGACUCUUUUCUACUCCAUUUGUAUGCAAAGGUUUGAAUGUUUUGUAGCAUUUUCCAUUAAAAUGAUUAAUAUUAUUCUGUAGAACAGUCUUCAGUCUAUUUAAGAGUAUGUCUGGCUGAUCUCAAGCCUGCGUUCGUGCAUUCAGGCAUAGGUUGAGUAUUAUCAGACAUCAUCUGAUAACAGUUUGAUUUUGUGUUUCGUCUAUAUUCAUGAAAAUAAACAUGGCAUAUUUAUGACUGAAGUAAAACAUUGGUGUACUGUGCUUGUCUUUUGAGUUUG